AUGGCAGCCUCCAUAGCGGAGCAUGGAGAAGAUGCUUUUAGAAAAUUGUUCAAGCUUUACAAGAGGAGAAAUCCUCCUCCAGACUUCAGUGAGGUUAUUAAUUUCUCCAGACCUUGUAAAGACAAGGUUUUUACCUGUGAACUUAAUUCCACUCCUAUAAGUGAGGAAGAUGUUUCCAAAGCUGGUCUUCGGCCGGUAAAAGACUGGAGGGCAUUUGGUCUUCAUGGAUAUCCAGGGUUUAUCUUUAUAUCCAACCCAUUCCUGCCGGGUUCUCAGCAGUACUGGGUAAAGCAGUGUCUGAAGAUCUAUCCACAGAAACCCAACGUGUGUAGCCUGGAUAUGCAUAUGUCAUCUGUGGAGACUGAAAACAUCUGGAAGAAAAGUAUAGAUGCUAUUCAGAGGAAAGGCUGUGGGAAAAGAGAGCCCAAAACUCUGCUAGAAAAGCUGCGCUGGGUGACACUGGGUUACCACUAUGACUGGAACUCCAAGACUUACUCUCCAGACCACUACACUCCCUUCCCCAAAGAACUUCACUCGCUUUCUCACAAAGUGGCAGCAGCCUGUGGCUUUCCUGGCUUUAACGCAGAGGCGGGCAUUCUCAACUACUACCGAUCUGAUUCGUCGCUUGGAAUCCAUGUUGACGAAUCAGAGCUUGACCAUACCCGACCUUUGUUAUCUUUUAGUUUUGGGCAGACUGCUGUAUUCCUUUUGGGCGGGACUAAGAGGGAAGACCGCCCCACAGCCAUGUUCAUGAACAGCGGUGACAUAAUGGUGAUGUCAGGACCCAGCCGCCUACUUUAUCACGCAGUACCCUGCAUCAUCUCCGCCCCGGCUGGAAACAUGCUGCCACCCUGCCUGAGCCAGAGACUAGAGACGGAGGCGCAGGGCGAUGACAUCAUCCAAAGCGUGUCCGAAGAGGAUUGGGAUGUUUGCUUCUGGUACUUGCAGACGUCUCGGGUAAAUGUGACCGUUCGACAAGUACUUGCUUCUGGGCAGACCUUUCCAAGUUCACAGGCAUCACAUUUGUCAACAGACAGCUGUGAGAAAUCAGAGGAAGGAACUCAAAAAAAUAAGAAGAGGAAAAGCGAAUCAGGCUAUGAGCGUGACACCUAGCGUGCCUGUUUUGAAUGUCAUCCAAGUUUUAUUUCUGUAAAAUGCAUCUGGUAUUAAAGAUUGUACAUAUGACUGCAAGUAAAUGCAUUAUUGGGAUCACUUCCCAGAUGAUGACUCUUCGUUCCAGAGCAGGUGUUGGAAAUACGCAACCACUCAUGCGUCACGUCAAGUCAACUCAGCUUAAAGCGUAGUUCUUCAUUUUAUCCUGUCAUGACCAACUUCACACACAAUACUUCUCAGUCUGUAGAACAGCGGUGACAUUCAGUCCAGUCUGUUGUGAGUCGUGACAAUUUGCCAGGCGCAGGUCUGUUGAUUUAAGGCUGGUUGCCAUGUUUGCUCACCCAGGGCUGUAACACUAAACAGAGCUGACCUUCAGAGAAAACCAGGGAGACGGCGUAUAAUCUUUUUAAUCUGGUCAAGCGGUGUCACGACAUGUCAAAGCCAGUGUGAGAUUGCCUAUGACAAGUUCCCCGAGGGACCCAGGUUGACUCUGCCAUUGUGACUGAAAACACUGGGGGCCUGCGUUACCAUGGUGAUAAAACACUUCCGUCACUGCGUCUGCCUCUCAUGAAACCCUAUCAAAAGUUCAUGUCUGCAUGUGAGAUUUGUAAGAUUAAUGUUUCUGGUCUUUCACAUGCUGUAAAAACAUAAAUUCUCGGUAGCGUUCAGUGGUCUGUCUGUUGUUGUCAUGGGACUGUCAGAGUUUAGAUGUCACCUGACUUGCCACAUCUAGAGGCUAUAUGGUGGGUUAUGUUUUGACAGGACAUGCCCGAAAAACAUGGUAAUACCAUGGUACUUUGUAUAAUAUAUAGGGUAUCAUGGUACUGAAAGAUUACAAUUUUUAUGUACUGUGGUAUGGUACGCCAAGGCACCUCAAAGAAUGAAUACUAUUGUAUUGUAAGAAUACUGUGGUAUUAUUAUCCUACUUACAACAUUAUUAGACCAUGGUAUUGUGAUUUAAAGGCUAUCAUUAUACUGGAUGUGUGCCAUAUUCAUUUACCAUAUUUGGAACCAUACAAAAAAGUAUUGUGGUGGUACCAUAGUACAUUCGUGUAAUUAGAUGGUACUUCAAACGAUUUCAGGGUGCUGAAAUUCUUUAUAUGAUACGUCCAAGAAUAUCAUCAGUGUUGUAGUGUAAUAAAAGUCACAAAGUUUCACUCACAAAAUAAAUAAAUAAAAUAAAUAC